GUGAAUCCUUCCUUGCUCAGAACGAAGCAACAGCCCCUCGGAGUAGCACCGUGCUAGCUGGGAGCUGUGAAUUCGUUUUACGGUUAGCUUGUGAGGUGGACUAGAGAGAGAGAGAGAGAGAAAGAGAGAGAGAGAGGUUGUCGAGGGAAGGAAUAUCUAGGAAACAGGCCUUCCUAGAUAGACUAGUUAUAAAAUCUCGGAGUCUGGAUUGACAUGUCCAGUCGGUGAGCAGAGGUCGUACGCGCCACGUCACCAUGCUGAUGCCAAGCCCCCGUAGGAUGGGCAAGAGCUUCAGCGCCACAGAUUUGCUCAAUGUUCUUCCCCUUGCGCUGAUCAUCCUGGCCUCUGUGCCAUUCUCAUUGGCCGCCAACGCCCCCCUGCCGCCAGACUCCGUGGAUGUCCUGGAAGUUUUUGACUUCGACAGCGUGUCUCAGGCCCAGGGUGUGGUCAAGGUAGACGGUUUCUGCCAGGACAGAGUUGUGUCUGAUGACCCCGACGACACUGCUGUCGUCGCUGACCCCGCAUGGAGAAUCAAAAAUGGAGAGUUCCUGCAACACAAGGGCAUCAAGGAGGUCUUCCCAGAUGGUAUCCCCGAGGAUUUCUCCGUCAUCAUCACCAUGCGUCCUGACGAGGGUGUGGAGGGCAAGGUGUUCUCCAUCUACAGCGAUAGGACCGCCCACGAGAUCAUGUCACUCAGUGUUGGCUCCUCCCCUCAGUUCCUCUACAGGGAUACCAACAACCAGCCAGGGCCAGAGACGUCCCCCAGAUUUGACAUUCCUUUGAAUGAUGGAUUCUGGCACCGCGUUGCUCUGAGCGUGAAGGGGAAGUCUGUGACCCUGAUCCACAACUGCCAACAGCAGGCCACCUACACCCUGAACCGCACCCUGCCUGCCGAUAUGGACAGAAAGGGCAUGAUGUUUGUAGGCUUCCACAUCAACGGAGAGGAGUCUGAUGUCUUCACUGGAGAUAUCCAAGACCUGUUGUUCAUCCCUGACCCCGGCGCAGCCUACAUGCACUGCGAGACCUACGCCCCGGACUGUGACAUUCCUCUGCCCUACAUGAUGUCACACUCCUCAUCCUCUUCCUCCUCCUCCUCCUCCUCCUCAUCUUCCUCUUCCUCUUCCUCUUCUUGGUCCUCAGAGGUCGGAUUCAGCAACUCUUCCGGAUCUAGUGUCACUCUGGAGUACGGAUCAGUUGAGAUGACCGAUGUCACCUACAGAUUUGGACCCCCAGGACCUCCUGGACAGAGAGGACCCCCCGGACCCCCAGGUCUGAAGGGAGAAACUGGUCUCGAGGGCCGUGAGGGAAUCCCCGGAGCUAACGGUGUGCCAGGACCCCCCGGCCACGUCUUUGUGUUCCCUAUGAACUGGGACAACAAACAGAACAACUACGCCGACCAGUUCCGCUCCAUGCUGGACUCUCACAUGUUGGCCAUGAGAGGAUCCCCCGGACCCCAGGGUAUGACUGGACUCUCCGGACGCGUGGGACCCCCUGGACCUCUUGGAGAGAAGGGAGAUAUUGGAAACAACGGAGAAAUGGGACCUAUGGGCCCCAUGGGAAUGCCUGGACUCUCCGGACCUCUCGGAAAGCGGGGCCGCCCAGGAAAGGAUGGCGACCGUGGUAUGAUGGGACCCCAGGGAGACAAGGGUCUUCCCGGAUUCCCCGGUAUUCCAGGAAUGCCCGGAGAGAAGGGACACAGAGGUAUCCCCGGAGCCCCCGGUGAGGCCGGACCUGUUGGACCAGAGGGUGAUCAGGGAGACCCCGGUGAGAUUGGACCUAUGGGAAUCUCUGGAGAGAUGGGACCCCGUGGAUUUAUCGGACCAAGAGGUCGCCCCGGACCCAUCGGACCACCUGGUCUGCCCGGAGGUGAGGGCCCCGUGGGACCCAAAGGAAACCAGGGAACUGUUGGAGCCCCAGGUGCCCCCGGCCAGACCGGCCCUGCUGGUCAAACGGGACCCCCUGGAUCUUCUGGACCUCUCGGACCUGGAGGUAUCCCAGGAGCCACUGGAAAACCUGGACUGCCCGGUCUGCCCGGACCCAUGGGACCUGUGGGUCCCCGCGGUGUGCAAGGAACCAUCGGAUACCCCGGCCCUCGUGGUGUGAAGGGAGACUCCGGACAGAGAGGAGGUGCAGGAGAGAAGGGAGAUAGAGGCGGUGCCGGUCUUGAGGGAGUUCCCGGAGAGCUUGGCCAGAAGGGAGAAAAGGGACUGCGUGGUCUCAGAGGUCUGCCCGGACCUGAGGGAAUUGAGGGACCCAAGGGACGUAUUGGAAUUCCCGGAUUCCCUGGAUACCCAGGAGGCCCUGGUAGCAAGGGAGAUCAAGGACGUACCGGAAGGAGAGGCAGACGCGGUCUGCGCGGAAAGACAGGUCUCAUCGGACCUCAGGGAGAGCAGGGAGAGCCUGGACUCAGAGGCCAAAGAGGAGAGAGAGGCAAGCAGGGAAUCCCCGGACCCCCCGGACCCAAGGGAGAUCUUGGAGUCCCUGGACCCCCAGGAUUUACCGGAGAGCAAGGUAUCCAAGGACCACCCGGACCCCCAGGACUCAUGGGACCUCCCGGACCCAGCGGAGUGGCUGGACAAGAUGGACAGACCGGAGUCCCCGGUGACCGUGGUGAGCCUGGUAUUCCUGGCAGCCCUGGACAGCCUGGACCAGUUGGAGUGAUGGGACCUGCUGGACCCAACGGAGAGAGCGGCCCACCAGGAGAGCGUGGACCCCCAGGAAACUCCGGACCCCCCGGAGACACUGGUAUCCCAGGAGCCUCUGGCAAGACUGGCGCUCCCGGCAAAGAGGGAGAUCCUGGCUCACCCGGACCUGAGGGACCUCUAGGACCUAUGGGAGACAAGGGAGCUGUUGGACCAGCUGGACCUGCCGGACCUAUCGGAAUGGCUGGACCUGUUGGAACCCCAGGAUCUCAGGGCAAGAGAGGCGAGAAAGGAAACUCUGGACCUGAGGGACCUCGUGGUCUGCCCGGACCUUUGGGAGGACCUGGACCAAGAGGUUACAGAGGACCCUCUGGCCCCGUGGGACCUCCAGGAAUGAACGGAGAUAAGGGAGAUAGUGGCCCACCUGGUGAGCGUGGAGUGAAGGGCAGCUACGGAGCUCAGGGACCCCCCGGACCCCAAGGACCUAUUGGUCUGCAAGGACCCCCUGGACCCCCCGGUGCACCAGGCGAGAAGGGACCACGUGGUCUGCAAGGACCUCUGGGCUCAAAGGGAUCUGAGGGACCUCGUGGUCUGAUCGGCCCCGCUGGUCUGCCAGGACUUCAAGGAUUGCCAGGACCCCCAGGCUCUAAGGGAGAUAGCGGAGAAGCAGGAAAACUUGGGCCACCAGGAUCUCCAGGACCUCAGGGUAACCCCGGAACCCCCGGAGCUGCUGGUUCUCAAGGAGAUGUUGGAGGCCCCGGAGCUCUGGGACCCCCCGGACCUAAGGGAGACUCUGGCGCACCCGGACCCCCAGGAACCCCCGGAAUUGACGGACCCCUGGGAUCCCCCGGACUUCAAGGAGCCAAGGGAGACGAGGGACGUCCCGGUCUGCAGGGAGAUCCCGGCCCCCGCGGUGAGCGUGGAGAGGAUGGAAUCAAGGGACACAUGGGCAUGAUGGGACCCCCCGGACCCGCUGGCGAGGCUGGUGAGGUCGGAUCUAAGGGAGAGUCUGGACCCCCAGGCAAGGACGGAGACACUGGAAUCAUGGGACCUGAGGGCCCUGUUGGACCUCCAGGAGAGGCAGGUCUGCCAGGAAUUCCAGGAAAGCAGGGAGAGAUGGGUAUUCCCGGACUCCCAGGAUCUGACGGUGUGACCGGACCUAAGGGAGACCGCGGAUUCCCCGGAAACAGAGGACAGCGCGGUCAACCCGGACCUGCGGGAGUGACCGGACCCCAGGGACUGAUUGGACCACCAGGCCAGCCUGGACCUGUUGGCCACCGUGGCUCCAUCGGCAACACCGGACCAGAGGGACCACCUGGACUGAAGGGUGAGCCCGGACCCAGAGGAUUCGAGGGACCAAAGGGCGGACCCGGACCUAUUGGACCACCUGGAUCUAGAGGAUCUCCUGGUCUGGAUGGACCUACCGGAAACAUGGGCAUGACUGGACCAAAGGGAGAGCAAGGACCACCCGGAUCUGCCGGACCCCCCGGACCCCCAGGAGAGGUUCUCGGCGUACAGCCACGCACCAUCAGCCAGGCCCGGCCUCAGAACGACUCGGCCCGGAGGAGGAGAAGGAGGAGAAGGAGAAGGAGGAGGAGGUCUGUCGAGCCCGCCGAUAUUGAUGACGAUCUGGACAGUGUCAGGAGCAAGCUUCUCGCCAAGCAGGAGAACGGAAUUGAGGUUCAGGUCGGAGAGGUCAUCCAAGAGGUGUCCACCGUCAUGCUCAACCACAUCGACGCCCUCAAGAAGGAGGUGGACAACAUCCGCUACCCCGAGGGCAAGAGAGAGAACCCCGCCAUCUCCUGCCGCGAGAUCAAGCUUGGACAUCCUUCUUACAAGACAGGCUGGUACUGGGUGGAUCCCAACCUUGGCUCCAUCGAUGACGCCAUCCAGGUAUGGUGCAACAUGACGGAGACUCCCGAGACCUGCGUCUACCCCACCCAGAGGACCAAGAUGUCCAGAGAAAGGUUCUACGAGAAGGGCAAGAAGUUCAAGAUGUUCAAGCAGCUGAAGGACGGAUUCCAGAUCCAAUACGCAUCCAGCAUCCAGAUGGACUUCCUGCGUCUGCUGUCUGAGAAGGCCACCCAGCGGUUCACCUACUACUGCACCGGAUCUGUCGGAUGGUACGACACCAAGGCCGACGGGUUCGAGAACGCCGUCAGUCUCAUCGGCAGCAACGACUACGAGUACGAGACAGCCAAGUUCCACGAGAGGCAGGUUGUGCACGACGGCUGCAAGGAUCGUGAACAGAGCAGCUUCACAGCUUUUGAGAUUACGACCAAGAAGAUUCAACGUCUUCCCAUUGUGAACUUCCGUCCACGAGACUACGGAGAGCCAUGGCAAAAGUUCGGUUUUGAGGCUGGCCCUGUCUGCUUCCACUAAGAAGCUUACAGUUGCCCGGUCUCUUUGUUUCAGAUCUUAUUUUUUCAAAACAGUGUUUUUGGUCAAACUUUUAAAAAAUGAAACAGAAAACCCUCAAUUUUCUUUAUGCCAGUUCAAUAAAAAGUCUGUGGCUUUUGAAGUUGUUUGUGUUGAAAAGAUGACUGUUCUCAGUUCCUGUUACAUUCUAGGCAUUGUUUGGCUUGUUCAAUGUAGGAAAAUUCUUUCAUGUGUUUCCUUGGUCCUGAACUUGUUAACUCAACUCAAGGUCUCAUCAUGACAAUCUCUGUGUCUGCUAUAUUCAUUCAUGGCAUGUAUAUUCAGUAGAAUUUCCACAUAACUUCCGUUUAUGAGCAUUUCCUGUUUUGUUUUUCGUUUGUUUGUUUUUUUGGUUGGAAAAACGUGUUCUCUUCUACUGUGAAGGGGGCAUUGCUUUCCCCUCUUUCUUAUGUUACUUUUAUCACAAUUUAUUUGGUAUUUGAUAUUCGGUGAAGUAGAUACAUGUGAUACACUGAAUCCGUCCAGAUAUCUUCGCAAGCUUUGUUCCUUUCACAGAACAUAUGACCCACCCCGCCCAAUCGUAACGUCAUAAUUAUCACGUCAUUUCAUACCCGCUGUUGCAUUUUGAUGAACCCAAAUACCAAGUCCACCAACGAAUUCUUGAAAAUAAAAAAAGUUUCAAUCAUCAUUCGAUUUGACGAAAGGAGGGCAACACUGAGAUUUCAACAUAACUGCAUAAUUAGUAUGUCUCCAUUUUUCUCCGUGGGUUGAGACGCACUUGUGAAGAAAGAAGAGAGGAAAGCUUUCUGUUUCCUGCAAUGUCAUUGCUUUUCUGUUUCAAGAAUAAACCUUGCCAAUGAUAUCCUUGUAUCAUCUUGUUGCUUCUAGGGUUCGUUAGACUUUCCAUUGUGCUUGUGUUCUGCUAUAUAUGGCACGGCCACCAGGGGGCGCCUGUCGUCAACGGGUGUGCUUGAUGCUGUUUUCUGUCUGGGGUGAGAGGUAUGACCAAUGUCUUAGUGUAUGUGAGGCAUACGGUGCCUGUCUGAUGAUAUGAAGCAAUUGUACCACUUACAUCUUAUCAUGUCCUCAAUCUUAUAUUACCAAAAUUUUUUUUAAAGAAUUAAAAUUUCUUUGCAAAAAAAAAAAAGCCAACACCCUUGAGAAAUUAUUAUUUUUGUGUUACUGUGAUUCAUGUUGAAUUCCCUCUCCUCCUCCUCGCCCCGACUGACCGGUGACUUAAGAGAGAGGUUUGUCUCGUCCACCAAUGAAUAACCCGGGUCCAACUCAUCCACAGAUCACAAGGGGGUGAGGGGGGAGGGGGGUGGAGCCGCAGACUUAAUGUAACAGAGUAGCCGACCCUCACCCAAACUCACUAUAGUACUGAUAUCAUUGAAUAAUUAAUAAAAUUCCAUUGACGAGCCCAGUAAUUAUUAUUUUUAAUCCAAGGACAAAGCAAAAAUCUUAUGAUGCUGAAUUAAUGACCGUUGUCUUCUAUUUCUUAAGCUUGUGAAGAAAAUAUUUUUUUAAAUAAAGAAUUUUCUUAAGAAAAGUCGUCAAGAAUUUUUUGGGGUAAAAAAACAAAACAGGAACGAGACUUUACUGACGGAAGUCGAGUUCUUUUUGCUUCUUCUCAUCUGGGGGCCACUUGUGUGCUGCUUUUGUUUCUCCUGCAUGUGACCUCAUUAUUAUACUAUGGAGUUGUUGACAUAGAGAAUGGAAAUUCUUUUGAUCAAUUUCUGAAAAGCGAAACAUCACUGCCAUUUGUAUCAUCACGUUGAAUAAAAGUGAAAAAUGAUUCAACAAAGAA